AUGAACGGGACAGUCGAAAAGGUCUUGUAUCUCUCCUCCCUUGCCGUGGGAUCCUGGGUAGCCAAGAGACUCCUGGACGAAUAUGGCGAACUCCCGCUGCAUCUCCUCUGCUCCAGCAUCGAGGUCCACUCCUACGAUGAGGCCUACAAUUAUCUCCUCUACUGGCUUAUGAAGCAAAAGUUCGACGCGGACAAAAACCGCCUGCUGGCGAUAACGUCCCUGACGAGCGGUCAGGGGGGUUUCUUCGGUGAAGACAACAACAAGGACAACGAUGCGGCUGAGGAGGACGAACUGGAGGUCCAAGCUGACGCAGAAUACAAGGCCUCCCUGGCAAAUACCCGUCCAUUGCUCUGGGCUCCUUCAGCGGGAACACACUGGUUGCGGUACCGGGGUCGGUAUCUCGCGCUCACGCGGGAGGUGGAGGAAAACCGGCAAACGGUGUACACGCGGACGGAGAAGCUGCGGAUCUCCUGUCUUGGACGGGACCCAGCGAUUCUAAAGGAGCUGAUGCAGGAUGCUCGGGUGGCGUUCUCGCAAAAGGAGAAGGGAAGGACGGUCAUCUACCGCGGCAUGAAGUCGAUAUAUGAUGGCGAGCUGGCCUGGAAACGGUCGACUUCUCGCCCCGCACGACCACUGUCGACCGUCAUUCUGGAUGAAGCGGCCAAGAAGGCCUUCCUGGAAGACAUCCAGCACUAUCUGCACCCCAGUACGAUGCGCUGGUACAGCGACCGUGGCAUUCCCUAUCGGCGGGGAUACCUGUUCUAUGGACCUCCUGGGACGGGGAAAUCCAGUCUCGCGUUCGCCGCGGCAGGGUUCCUGGGCUUGAAUGUAUACAUGGUCAACCUGAACUCACAGCAGCUUACGGAGGAUGCCCUGACGCAGAUGUUUCUGACGCUUCCGAGACGAUGUCUGGUGCUGUUAGAGGAUAUUGAUGCCAAUGAAGUGACUGGUCGCCGCAAGCCGAGUGCACGGCGCCGAAAAGGGAAAAACGGGAUCUCUCUCUCCUCCUUGUUGAACAUCAUCGAUGGAGUCGCCGCUCAGGAGGGCCGGGUGCUGAUCAUGACGACGAAUCACCAUGAACACCUCGAUCCGGCGCUCAUUCGCCCUGGCCGGGUAGACUAUAAGCUUGAGUUUCAGCUCGCCAGUCAACACCUCUGUGCCGCAAUGUUUCGGAAUAUUUUCCAGGUCUACACCUCGGCUGAAGUGGAUAGUGCACAGGUUGCCUCCUACGCUCAAGGUGACAUAUCGACGAAAGAAGGACCUGCAGUGGUUGAUCUCCAAGGUCUCGCCAAAGCAUUUUCUGAGAAGAUUCCGCCUUGCACGUUUUCGCCUGCUGAGGUCCAAGGAUAUUUGCUACGGUAUCGGGAAUCCCCACAGGAUGCUGUAGCUGGCGUCGAAACAUGGGUUGAGACAUCGCUGGCUGAGAAAGCAGCUAAUGACCAUGUGCUUGAUGAUAAAGAAGCUGAAGGUGACAAGAGUGAAUCUGAGGACGAGUCCGAGGAUGAGGAUAAUGAGGAUCCAGAUAAGCAGCCAUCUCCUUGA